AUGCGACUGAUGCUGCCCAACUCGCCGUCGUGGAAGUCGUGGCGGGUGACCCUUGAUUUUAUCCUGGACCAUCCAAGAAGGGUCUAUACUAACCUUUUCCCGGCACGGCACACAUGGUAUCUUCUUGCUACCAUCAUUGUCCUCAACGGGAUUGACUGGGCGGCGUUUGAGCUUUUGUCAAUUGGCAACAAGGAGAUCGAGGCCCUACCGACCGAGUAUCGAGUUCUUGAUGGCCUGUUCCAGGCGUUGGCCGUCCGUGCUGGAGGUUUCUACGUGGUGACGAUUGCUGAUCUGCGCCAGGGGCUUCUUGUCCUCUACGGUGAGUCCAUAUCUACAUCUAUGCCGCACUAUAUCAACAAGCAAUGUACUAACAAAAUCUUGUUUAGUCCUCAUGAUGUAUGUCUCCGCCUUCCCCGUGCUGGUGACAAUUCGGUAAGUCCAUCCAUCCAAACCAGCGCUCCAACCAAAACCCCCAAUCUCACAACCUCCAGCAACACAAACGUCUACGAAGAACGCUCCCUCGGAAUCUACGCCGACGACGAAACCCCCGAAACCCGCGCCAACACGAGCCGCAGCAACGUCCUCAUGGACCUAGUCCGCCACCACAUGGGUCGCCCCAGCCUCUCCGAAUCCUCGCGCGGCUACUUCGUCCACCAACAAGUCCGCUCGCAACUCAGCCACGACAUCUGGUGGAUCGCCCUGGCAGUCCUCUUCAUCGCCAUCGCCGAAUCAGACCACUACACCGACCAACCAGUCGCAUUUAGCACCUUCAACAUCAUUUUCGAGGUUGUUUCUGCGUACGGCUGCGUGGGCGUUAGUGUGGGGUAUCCGGGCAAGAAUUACUCGUUUUGCGGGGCGUGGCAUACGAUUAGUAAAUUGAUUCUUGCCGCUGUGGCGUUGAGGGGACGGCAUCGGGGUUUGCCCGUUGCUAUUGAUAAGGCGGUUAUGUUGCCGAAUGAGUCUUUGGCGUGGGCGGAGGAGGAGGAUGCUGCGUUGAGGAGGGAGCGGACGAGGAAUUGGGGCUUGGAUCGGAUGCCUCUUGGUUCCGUCUGA